ACAUUCAGAGGGUGAAAAUGUUAAAGAUGGAAGUGAACACCUGUUUGUCUAACUACAAAUCUCACUUGUGAGCCGUUCCGCAGCCAGCUGGCUGACGACUUCCGAUUCUCUUCCAUUGUCGCCGACGCAUCUAUGUUUAUGCGAUUUCUCCAUUGAAACGAUGUCGUCCGUAUGCUCACCAGGCGGCGGCUUUACAGUCGCGAAGCCUCACAAUUCACUGCAUCAGUAUACAAGCAGAAGCGCCGUUGUGGAGUUCACCAUCUUCGCGAGGUUUGGGCCUUUGAAUCAGCGAAUCCGCCACGGGAAGCUGCUCCGGAUACAGUGCUCCGAGCCGGAGGCCGUUACCGAGACGAUUCAUUUGUCGGAAAAUUUUGAGGAACCGAAGCUUGAUAAUAAUGGCGGCGGCGGAGAUGGCGGGAACGGGCGGUUUCCUCUUGGUGGCGGCGGGAAUGGGGGCUGGGGUGGAGAGGGAGAUGGGGGUGAUGGUGAUGAGGAGGAGUUUGGGCCGAUAAUAAAGUAUGACGAGAUUUUGAUUGAGGCAGAAAGACGAGGUGCGGUUCUGCCUGCUGAUAUGCUUGAAGCGGCGAAAGCCACGGGGCUUCGAAGUUUAAUUCUUACUCGGUACUUGGAUUUUCAGGGUUCCGCUGGGCCUUUAGGAUUUUUGAUGAGAUACUGCCCGAUGCUUCGGAACAGAAUGCUGGCUGAUCCCUCAUUUUUGUUUAAAGUUGGAACCGAGGUGGUAAUUGAUUCCUGUUGUGCAACAUUUGCGGAGGUUAAGAAAAGAGGAAAAGACUUCUGGGCAGAGUUUGAAUUAUAUGCAGCAGAUCUUUUAGUGGGUAUAGUUGUUGACAUUGCUUUGGUUGGUAUGUUGGCACCUUAUGCUCGAAUAGGCAAGCAGUCUGUAUCUAGUGGCUUUCUUGGCCGUCUAAACCAUGUUUGUGGGGCUCUUCCCAGCAGUGUUUUCGAAGCAGAGAGACCAGGAAUCAGAUUUUCAUUGCAGCAGAGGAUCGCGACGUACUUCUACAAGGGUGUAUUAUAUGGCUCAGUUGGAUUUGGUUGUGGCCUUAUUGGUCAAGGCAUUGCAAAUACGAUCAUGACCGCUAAAAGGAGCAUCACGAAGUCGGAAGAGGAUAUACCUGUGCCCCCCUUAGUGAAAAGUGCUGCACUCUGGGGUGUUUUUCUUGCGGUGUCUUCGAACACCCGCUAUCAAGUCAUAAAUGGAUUGGAACGUCUUGUUGAAGCCUCACCUUUGGCCAAGCAAAUCCCGCCUGUUGCUAUGGCUUUCACUGUGGGUGUACGGUUUGCCAAUAAUAUUUAUGGUGGAAUGCAGUUUGUUGAUUGGGCUAAAUGGAGUGGGGUUCAAUAGAGGCGCUGGUGACAACAUUUUAUUUCUUUUCCCUUUCAGAAUGACGAAAAAUGUUAAGCACCGACCACUAGAAAUCCUUUGCAGUUUAGCAGUAAAAAAAAAGAAGGGAAAGUAGGGUACAAUCAAGAGGUUUACGUGGAUUAGCUUUUGUUAGACAUCAAAGGAUUUAUCAAUAGAAUUAGGUGGUGAUGUUCUUGAAGCAGGAUAAUUUUGUUUUUAAAUUUUUAUGCAUUUGACACUUCAAAUAUGUAUCAUGAUGCUCUUCCUU